AUGCCCAAACAGACCAGCUCGCGAAGCGUUCCUGACCUCUGGAAAGUCUCGGAGUCUGAGGAAGAGGACUUUGGAGACGAUACUGGAGAGUGGCCGGUCGAUGGCGUAGUCGGCGAGGAGAUUGACAUGCUCGGAGUAUCUAGAUAUGAAAUCCGGUGGAGGAAUUGGCGCCGUAAAGAUGGCACAAACACUACAUGGGCGAAACAAAUGCCUGAUCGUCCAGACCUCAUCGAAGACUGGAACACGACUCAGGCGAAGAAACGGCAGAAGCAAGCGGACGAAAGCCUAGACGUGGCCCUAGAACCCCUGAACAUACUAGAUAUUCAUAACAUCAAGACCGCCAAGCGCUCGCAAGCUGUCGAAGAGAAGGUAGAGAAUAGCUAUAGUCGCGGGAUCGCGAGAUACGACAAUUGGGAUGCUGUGGAAUCUGUUCCUAGCUGUCCGGGCCCUUCGUCUUCUCGCCGGUCGUCAACAAUGAAGAGCGAAGAUAUUUACAAGAAUCCUUCUCGAGCAUCUACGGCCCACUCAAAUACUCACAGCUCGACCUCUGCUAAGGACGCACAGCCAAUAUACUCACUUAAAGAGAAGUGGAAUAAUUCCGCACGAAAGAUCGGCGCUGCUCGAAUAACCAUCACCAACGAAAUAGACGAAGAAGCAGAGCCUCAGCUCGUGGAAGGCUUCAAAUACCUGGAAAACAGGUACUCGUAUCCGAAGGAUAUUCGUGCGCUGAUGGAGGAAUCGGAACCCUAUUUCGUCUUCUGUCAGUGCAAGGCGUGUGCGGAUGCCUCUGUUUGCGCAUGCCAGGGUCCGUCGGAGCUCGUGGACGCGGACGGCGACAAGACCUGGGCGUACACGUCUGAGGGACUGUUCGCAUUCAACGUCCCCCCAGGAGUCGAAGUGAUCGAAUGCAACAAGUUCUGCGCCUGCGGCAAACGCCAACGGUGUCCCAACCGCGUCGCGCAGAAACCCCGCGAUACCCCCAUCGACGUAUUCAAGACGGAAGACCGCGGAUGGGGCGCGCGGGCUACGGUCGACGUACCCCGAGGCAAAGUCCUUGGCAUUUACACCGGUCGUGUUAUUCCACGCGAGGACUUGGAACACCUGUCUCACGAACAUAGGGGCUACACAUUUAACUUGGAUGCUCGCGAGAAUCGCGGUGACGACGAUUCCGCCGAGAAGUACACCGUCGAUGCUUAUUCCUACGGCAAUUGGACAAGGUUUAUCAAGUAG